AUGUUCUUUAAGCUGCUAUUGCUGUCGGUGGCUGUGGCAGCGUGUCGGGGAUAUGAGGAAAUUCAAACAGCUGCCGGCUAUUUAAAUGUUUACUACGCGUACACACAGGAAACGAAUCGCAAUGUAGAAAGGUUCAAUGGUACAGUUGAAUCCAUUGGAACUACUACCUUGAAUGCAUCACGUAAUGUCACUACAGUCAUUAUUCACGGCCAUCAAGGUUCCGUGUCAAAUACACUUAACCCGACUGUAAAAGAUGCAAUUCUCAGUGUAGAAGAUGCCAACGUCAUUAUCGUCGACUGGUCGCAGUAUUCUCGUCAAAGUUACUCCAACGCAGUCAGUGCUGUCCCCAGUGUUGGUACAUACGUGGCUUCUAUGAUUCAGAACCUCGUUACAGCCGGAAUAACCACCCUCGAUAAGGUCCACUUGGUUGGUUUUGAUCUUGGUGCACAUGUAGCUGGGUAUGCCGGAAGAACGCUUAAUGGACAAGUUGCGAGAAUCACAGGUUUGAGCCCAACAAGCAACCAAUGGGGUGCCAAUUCUCAGCGUCUCUCCCAAAGAGAUGCAAUUUACGUCGAAGUGAUUCACACAGACGCAUUCGGCUUGUUUUCUAAUGGUAUCAGCGACCCUGUGGGUCACGUGGACAUCUUCCCCAAUGGCGGAACCAGUCAGCCUGGAUGUUUCCUAUCAAACGACUGCAACCAUAAGCGCGCUUGGGAACUCUUUGCUGCAUCAGUGACCCACAACCACCUAAAUGCCAACCAAUGUGCGCACAUGUCGGAUAUGAGAUGGAACACGUGCCGCGGUUUCUUGUUACCAAUUGGUACAAAUGCUCUGAUUAAGCUAGGAACUGGAAUAUAUCGUGUCAACACCAAAAGAAAUUAUCCUUACUAA